UAGUAGAGGAACAAGAAGAAGAAACAGGAAGUCGAAAAGAAACCAGAAGGGGAAACAGCGCAGGGAUUAUUAAUAUGAAGCAGAAGUAGACAAUCAGAGCGUCGGUGUGUGAGUUCCCACCCGAUAAUCUUUUCCGGGAGGUGAAGACAAUGCCACUCGCAACCCAAUGUAACUUUCAUGGAAGUUCAGAAGUCGUGAUUCGGGGGAGGAAAAACAGGGAAGCUCUAAAACACAAAAAAAGGGGCAAGCUCAAAUUAUGAGCAAACAAGAAUGUAAAUUUACAUGAACGUCUUCAUUAUCAUGGAGUGAUUAUCCUACAUCAAAUUUGAAACUAAAAACAAAAGGCUGCUGAAGCAUCGCAUCGAAAAAAGAAAAACAAAUCAGGGAAUAACAUUCAAACAGGGGAAUGGCAAUUGCUGAGAUACUGAGAAUAGUUGUGGAUCCAGCCAACCGUCUUAUUAAAAAUAUUGCGGUAAAAUUGUUUAACUCCGUCUGCGGGAAGUGCACUUUUAAAGAAGUUGAAGAGGAAGCUGUUGCAGUAAAAGGUCGCAAUGAAGCAAAAAAUGUGCACAAUGCAGAGCGAAAACAGAGGAAAAAGGCAAGGAGAGAAGAAGAUAUACAAUCUUGGGAUGACGCUGGCUAUAUUACCGUCGAAAUAGCUAAAGACUAUAUGGGGGCACAGUCUCGUCUCCAUUUUAUAAAGAACCCAUCUAAAAAGCUUAAUGGCGUCCGCCAUCAAAGGGCUCGAAACAGAGUUCAACCUCUGAAGUAUACCCCAUAUGUCAGAAAUUCUCGUGAGCAGGCUCGUUAUCCUAUGCACAUUGGCGAUGGGACUUCACUAAGCACCACACAAUCGCAGUGGACACCAAUAGAGUCUCCAAUUACAGGUGGACGACAGAUGUUAAAAAAGAGGAGUAGCUCAGAUGGUCUGCCAUUAGGAAAUCUAAUGAGGAGCGCCCUUCAAAAGACCAGCUCUUACACCCCAUUGAGUAAUUUUAGUCGAUUCUAUUCAACCAGUUAACAAUUAAACUAUAUCGAUUUAAUCAAAUAAUUUUUUACGAUUACAUGCAAUUAAAUCUAGGCGAACCACACUAGCUGCAGUUAUCAAGAUCAAGAAACCAAUGGAAACGGAGAGGCAGAAUGUUUCGUCGGCAUUUGAAUUCCAUGUGCCGCAACAAUCCAAAGAAACAGCUCGUAAAAUUUUAGAGCAUUUGGAGCGGGUAGAAUCAUUUUCUCAAGAAAAGUCUGUGAAAGCACAACUAGCAAUUGCAAGAACCGAGUCACCCACUCGGUUAAACUUGAAUGAUGAUAACCUUCAGCUUUCAUCAGGAUCUUCAGAACCUUUGGCUUCGACAUUUAAAUCUGCAUCUGCUCCAGGAUUUUCAGGCAUGUAACUUCAAUCUUCAUCUAUCUCUCAUUCUAUGGGAUAUUUU